UUGGCACCCUUUGCUUCCAUGGACAACCCUUUUACUGCCGUGAGGUACCACAGCUUGGUCAUUGAGCAAGAAACCUUCCCACAUGAUGCUUUGGAGGCUACUGCAUGGACUGAAGAUGGACUUAUCAUGGCUGCUCGCCACAAGAAGUACAAACACAUCCAGGGUGUCCAAUUCCACCCGGAGAGCAUCAUCACCCUUGAAGGCAAGAAAAUCGUCCUCAACUUCGUCAGAUUCAUUGAGGAACUGGAGAAGCAGCGUUCAUAGGGGAGGUAGACGCGACAGGUGGUUUCAUUUCAUAGAUCAGACGGAAGCAGAGACAAGGCGCUUAAAGCUGCGCCAAGUUCCGGGGCUGGCAGUUGAAGCAUAGCUAGGAAACAGCUAUUCCCUCUCUUAAUUCGUGUUCGUGGUGACAUAAUCUGUGUGCGGACCGAAUUUAGAAUAAAGUCCAGGCGUCUGUCUGAUCAAAUAAGCACCG